UCCAAUUCCCCCAGUGUCCGCCAGUCAGGUAUUCUCCAAAAAUUCUGCACGUACAGAACCCACAUCCUAAUUCGUACAAUAUUUACACGGCUAUGUAUUUAUAACGUGGAUAAUUCCGAUUUCCGUUUCCGAUCUUUUGGAUUUCUAGGGUUUUUCACAUAUGUCAUCGGUUGAGUUUCUGCGACCAACAAUCUAUAGUAAGUUCCACGCGAGUUCGAAUUCUAAACUAUUAUACUUACAUGGGUUGAGCUUCUUCCACAAUCAUUCUAGGGUUUUUCACUAUAACGUGAACCGGUUUUGCUGCAACUCAUCCUCCUUCCCUGUAACGAGACCGUGCAAAAAUUUGAUUAAGAUCUCGAGGAACCACGAGAGGUUCGAUCUCUGGGCAAGUUUUUUGAAGAAGCACAGAGUAAGAGAGAGCAGGAUCGUUGCUUGUUCCCAAGAUGGUGAUUCCAAGGCAGGGUCGAGUGAGAAGAGCGGGACGGAAGGGAAUCAGAAUCCAUCGAGUUCGGGUUCGAAGCAGAGGAGAGAGAAGCGAGGGAAAGGGGGGUUAUGGUGGUCAAAGGGAAAUAAAUGGCAGUGGCAGCCGAUUAUUCAAGCUCAGGAGAUGGGGGUUUUGCUUCUGCAAUUAGGUAUCGUCAUGUUCGUCAUGCGGUUGCUCCGGCCCGGUAUUCCAUUGCCCGGGUCGGAGCCAAGGACGCAAACCACCUUUGUCAGUGUACCAUACAGUGAGUUUUUAAGCAAGAUAAAUAGCAACCAGGUCCAUAAAGUAGAGGUUGAUGGGGUUCAUAUCAUGUUCAAGUUGAAAAAUGAAGGAAGCGGACAAGAGAGUGAAGUUAGCGGCGCUAGCAGGUUUCAGGAAUCGGAAUCGUUGUUGAGGAGCGUAGCACCCACGAAGAGGGUUGUGUACACGACGACGAGGCCUACCGAUAUCAAGACUCCAUACGAGAAGAUGCUCGAGAAUGAGGUGGAGUUUGGGUCGCCGGAUAAGCGGUCCGGUGGGUUUUUUAACUCCGCGCUGAUUGCUCUUUUCUAUAUUGCUGCUCUUGCAGGUCUCCUUCACCGAUUCCCUGUAAGCUUUUCUCAGCAUUCUGCUGGCCAGCUUAGACACCGCAAGUCUGGUAGUCCCACUGGAGGAAAAGCAUCUGAACAUGGGGAUACAAUUACUUUUGCUGAUGUUGCCGGUGUCGAUGAGGCCAAGGAAGAGCUAGAAGAAAUUGUGGAAUUUCUUAGGAAUCCAGACCGGUACAUUCGUCUUGGUGCUCGUCCUCCACGAGGUGUUCUCCUGGUGGGCCUUCCUGGGACAGGUAAAACUCUUCUAGCAAAGGCAGUGGCUGGAGAGGCUGAAGUUCCCUUCAUAAGUUGUUCUGCAAGUGAGUUUGUAGAGUUGUAUGUUGGCAUGGGUGCCUCCCGUGUUAGAGAUCUCUUUGCACGGGCAAAGAAGGAAGCACCAUCAAUCAUUUUCAUUGAUGAGAUAGACGCAGUGGCAAAAAGUCGUGAUGGUAGGUUUCGCAUUGUCAGCAAUGAUGAGAGAGAACAAACUUUGAAUCAAUUGCUCACUGAGAUGGAUGGAUUUGACAGCAAUUCCGCUGUCAUUGUUCUUGGUGCUACAAAUCGCUCGGAUGUCUUAGACCCUGCACUUCGUCGACCUGGACGAUUUGAUCGAGUGGUUAUGGUAGAGACACCUGACAGAACUGGAAGAGAAGCCAUUUUGAAGGUACAUAUUACCAAGAAGGAACUUCCUUUAGAAGAGAAUGUUGACCUUGGUGAUAUUGCCUCUAUGACUACUGGUUUUACCGGGGCAGACCUUGCAAAUUUGGUAAAUGAAGCUGCUUUGCUGGCUGGAAGGAAGAACAAGCUUGUCGUUGAGAAAGUUGAUUUCAUUGAGGCUGUAGAACGAGCUAUAGCUGGGAUAGAGAAGAAAACUGCCAAGUUGCAGGGCAGCGAGAAGGCUGUGGUUGCAAGGCAUGAAGCUGGUCAUGCAGUAGUUGGCACUGCAGUGGCAAAUCUUCUUCCUGGCCAGCCACGUGUUGAGAAGUUGAGCAUUUUGCCAAGGUCAGGAGGAGCAUUGGGUUUUACAUACAUUCCUCCAACAAAUGAGGAUAGAUAUUUGCUCUUUGUUGAUGAGUUACGUGGACGUUUGGUUACUCUUCUUGGAGGUCGUGCAGCCGAAGAAGUUAUUUAUUCAGGCCGUGUUUCAACUGGUGCGCUUGAUGACAUACGGCGGGCAACUGACAUGGCAUACAAGGCAGUUGCCGAAUAUGGGCUUAAUCAGACAAUAGGCCCUGUAUCUUUGGCUACACUUUCUGGUGGAGGGAUUGACGAGUCUGGAGGUGUUCCAUGGGGAAGGGAUCAAGGUCAUCUGGUGGAUCUUGUUCAGGGAGAAGUCAAAGGAUUAUUGCAAUCCGCUCUUGAUGUGGCACUUUCAGUUGUGCGUGCUAACCCAACUGUUUUGGAAGCACUUGGUGCUCAACUAGAAGCAAAUGAGAAGGUAGAAGGUGAAGAACUACAAAAGUGGUUGAAAUUGGUAGUGGCACCACAGGAGCUCGUAAUGUUUAUUAGAGGCAAGCAGGAGUCUCUUCUACCACUACGAGCAGGCUCUAGUUGACAACUACAGCUUGUCCUCAAUGACAGAAACGUGAAAGAGAGGUUAGCAACUCAUUCAAGUGAUUAAGACAUGCAAAAGGACCUUCCCCAUAUUUGCAUGAACUCGCCCUACUCUAUGCAUCUGUAUAUUUAACAAGCUUCGGCUUUGUUGAUACCACUACCAACCAGCUUGUAUGUUCUCAUUGCACUAUUUUCGAGCAAAAACCUAGAGGAAAACAGGAAAGUUGGAAGAUUUGUUGCAUUCAGAGCUUUUGCAAGCAUCUCACGCCCAUAAUCAAAAUGUGGAUACAUGUGGAUUAAUUCUCUGUGCACUGGCUAUUAUUUUCAGUUGAUGAUAGUUUUAGGCUACUGGGAAUUGUAAUGGGUAUUAGGCUGUAUAGUAAUAAUAUCCCUGAUGAUUUUCCUGUUUUGUUUGUUCCUAAAGGCUUAACUUACUGCAGAGAACUAAUCUGCAUAUUUAACUUUGGAAAUUACACGCAUAUACAGAAAAUUCUUUUUCUUGGAA